AUGUCCGAUAGUUGGACUAGUGCAGUGGAAAGUUUAAUUGAAGCCUUGAGGAACGAGCGUAUUGCUGCUGCCGAUGAAGAUGAAGUCACUUUCCUUGAGCAUAACGCACGACAUAGCAUUUCGAUGCAGAAUCUUCCACCUGGGUAUACCGAGUAUGAGGGGUUCCAGCCCGCCAACCUUUCCCCCGUCGAUUAUGAUAAUGGUAGGGGUGAAUGGCGUGAGCUAGAUAUACUGCCCCAUUACACCACUGAAGAUCUCCAGCGUAUCAUGCAGGAGGUCUACAAUGAGUACAUGGAUGGUAUCAUGCAUGGUUCUAAUGAGAACGAGGAUGAUGAUGAGGAUGGAUUUGAGCCAGUCGAAUUGAUCUAUGGAAACGCGGCCGUGAAUGAAUAUCUGGAUUCUUUGCCAGACCCGGCUACUUUUGGAGAGGAUAGUGAUCCCCCUCAGGCCCCGAAUGGGAUCUCUGGCAGUGAGACCGUGGAAACCAAAUCUGAACAACUCCCUGGGCUCCUUUCGUCUAGGCUCAUUCCACUGGAUACUCACUCUGAGGCCUCGGGCGCUGGUCAUGUUGACGAUGUCAACGAAAUCAACGAAAUCGACGGUGCAUCGGAUCCAGCAAACGGGCCAAACGGACAACCUUCUAGUCAGACGCCAUCUAGAAAUAGUCCUUUGGAUGAGCCUGGACAUAAUGAGUCAGACUUGAUUCCAGAGCUGGUGGUGACCGAUUAUGAUCACGACCACCCUAUGGCCCUUCGUCAUCCUUACCAGUUUGGUUCGGCCAAUGGUCGCCACAUUCCUGUUGAUCUCGACUCUUCUACCGAUGAACUGUCCGAGGUUGACUCGCUCCCGCACUUGGAGCGCAUGCUCAUCGUCCGCAAUCGACCCUCUGGCACUCAUUCCGACCGGAAUGGCGUUGAGACUUCCUCCGAUGCACUGGUUGGUGAGAUUGAGUCACCCGUGGGCCUGGCUAUAACGGAUGGCUAUGACCCUGUGCCCUCGGAGCCUCGCGAAAGAGACACUUCCCGGGUGGAGGAUCCAGUCUCUCGUUCUGCCGAGACCCUGGUCAACGACACAGGUCCCGUCGCCGUGACUGAACCCAUCGGACACUUGAACUUGGCAGAAGCCGCCGAGUAUGUAGGAUAUUCCGGUUCCCCUCAUCCUGAGAUCUGGGCCUUGACUGAUCAGGGGACGGUGCGUGCCUCACGGCAAAGUCGACCUCGCUGGUCUAGGAAUAUUGAAGUAGUACCUGCCUUUGAGAUAUUCACUGAUUAUGGGAAUCCGGACGAAGAAUCCGAUGUCACCAAUGAUUGGGAGGAGCUCCAACAGGGACGGUUUGGUGAUCAGGGAGAUGACGACGAUAUUCCCUGGGAUGCGCGCCCGGUCUCAUAUUUUGAGUCUGGCAGUGGCCCCGACAAUGAAACCCCUCGUGCACCAUUGAGACCUGUUCCCAACGCUUUUGAGGAUCUGGUAACGGUCCCCGACGAUGGGGAAACCAUCGAUUAUUCAUCAAUGCCAGACGUGAACCCCAGUGAAAACCAGGCGCAGGCAGCUGGUAUGAUGACUUCAUGGCGCCUUCCGGCAGACCCAGUGGUGACCCAAGCUGGAUGGUAG